GCUAGCCGCUGCGGAGCUCCCUUCCUGCCCGACUCUGGCAGCUCGGGACCGGGCAGGGACCGCGGAGCGCAGGGCGGAGUCUGGCUCCGCUGACAUGCUUAUCAUUUCACUAAUUAUAUGUGACACUACCGUCGACUUAUCCUGGACCGAUCCAUGCAUGAUACAAUGACAUAUCCAGGGGAGAGGGCUGCAGACCGCUGCUAGUGUUGGGUUUGCUAGUGACUGCUAACAUAGGAGAGCUGCUGCAGAUGAACUCGACCCUUUUACCUUUGCCAUCUCAGGGACAUACGUGGUUUAUAAAGACUAAUACUUUAUUUAACAAAGCUGCAUUUUUAUACAUCUACUACCAGCACAAAAUCAGCCGGCUGCUCUAUUGUCUGGAAAUAUAAGUAUUGUAAUAUAUUUAUCACAAGGAUGUGUUAUUGGCUGACUGCCAGUUUGUCCAUUUUGUUCUGUUGUGAUCAUGGUUGUGAUGCGUUUGAGGACGGAGGAAUUGAUGGGCUCUCUGUUAGACCAAUCAGUGAACAGCACAGUGCAGCUGGCAUCCUCCCUUUGGUCAGUGAACAUAUCAUGGAGCCACUGCAGGCCCUUUAUACAUCAAUGUACUGCAGGCAAUUAGAUAGAUAGAUAGAUGCAUUUUUUGGGGGGAUUUAUUUAUCCCAAGAUUGGGAAAUGAUUUGGUUUCAGCAGCAGUUUCAAGCAUGACACGAGUUAAACAAAGAUACAAUAGGAUACAAAUAUAAUACACAAUACAAUUAACAUUAGCUGCAACUAUAUAUACUAAGAAUACAAAUGAAAAAUAAAAUAAUCCGUUUAGAAAGUAUUUAUAAAGAAAAACCCAUUGAGAUGUACUCUCGUUUCCAAGGGGGUUAAGUACACAAAAUAUAUAUUUUAAAAUAACAAGAUAAUAAGGCGAUAUCGUCGAAUAAUAAAAAAAAGAUAAAUAAUAAGAGAUACAAAAAUCACAAGAUCAAGCAGAGCAGGAAAACAAAGAUAUGUUUCAUUUCUAUUUUAUAAUAUGACAUUAUUUUUUAAACAAAUAGAAAGAUGAGACGGUCAAAUAUCAAGUUAUUAUUUUUGCUUUUUGCAAAACUGUCUCAUAAAAAGCAAUACAUUUGACAAAAGUUCAAACACAUUGAUUUCAGAUUCUCCUGAUAACUAUUGCAUAAUGAUUAUUAUGGAGUAAAACCUUUUUUCUGUGACUGUGAUCAGAAUUAAGUCCUAUCUAAAAGGACACGGCAGAUUUUCUACCUAACAAUAACAAUGCAACCAAAGACAGCAAGAAAAGCAGGGGUGAUCUACGUACUCUAUGUCCAUAUUAAAGAUGGUAUAUUUGUAUGUAGGAACAUCAGUUGUCCCCUUUGUUACAGUGGGGGCCAUGUGGGUUCCCAGCAGACUGUAGUGUAAUCUGGUUAUCAACGGUCUCUCAAAUCUCACGUCUAGGUCGCCCUCAGAGGUCACUGACUCAUCUUGCACAUCACUGCAGUCAUGCAAACGCUGGACUUUUCUGACCAAAUAUUUACCUGAGGUGUCUGCACAGGACAAAUAUCAAAACUUCACUGAUGACCCUUCAUCAUCAUGACCACCGGCCUGAAUCUGCUCUCUCAGCAGAAAGUGGAGUCUGAGCACGAAACCGAGGGACAUACCUUCUGUAGACACUCCGACUUCUUUUCAUUUAAAACGAUCUACGAUUCAAAUGUGUAUGCUGUAAAUGGACUCAAACUCAGUGAUGGGUGAGUCUCCACAGCGCUUUCAGGUCCUCUCCACUGAACCUGCCACAGCGCUACAGCGAAUACAGAUUGUAACUGACCAGCAGACAGGUCAGAAGAUCCAGAUAGUGACAGCGAUGAAGCCGUCCUCUGCUCCCAAACAGCAGUUCAUUCUGACAACAGCUGACAGCUCAGGGGCCGGCAAGGUUAUCCUGGCCUCUCCAGACGGCCACAGCACGAAGCAGCUCAUCUUCACCGCUGCUGACAGCCUGAUGCCAGGAAGGAUACAGAUCGUCACAGAUCCAGUGUCGAUGGAGCGGUUGUUAGGGCAGUCCGGGGACCUGAGCCGACCGCAGCCAGUGGAGUACUGUCUGGUGUGUGGAGACAAGGCUUCAGGCCGUCACUACGGAGCAGUCAGUUGUGAGGGAUGCAAAGGCUUCUUCAAGCGGAGCGUGAGGAAGAGCCUGACCUACAGCUGCCGCAGUAAACAGGACUGCGUCAUCAACAAACACCACCGCAACCGCUGCCAGUUCUGUCGGUUGAAGAAAUGCCUUGACAUGGGGAUGAAGACUGACUCUGUCCAGAGUGAGAGAAAGCCCAUCGACGUGGUGCCCCGAGAGAAGCAUGCUAACUGUGCCGCCUCCACCCAGAAGAUUUACAUUCGCAAGGACUUAAACAGUCCGCUCAUCGCCACGCCAACCUUUAUCUCCGACACAGAGACGGAUGGCUCGAGAUCCAGCCUGUUGGAGCAGGGCAUGCUGGUGAACAUCCAGCAGCCGCUCAUCCAGAGUGAUGGGACUCUGCUGCUGGCCUCUGACUCAAAGAUGGAUCAUGCGCACGGAGACUUGGGGACACUAGCCAAUGUGGUGACGUCAUUGGCUAGCCUGAGCGACUCACUCAGAGAGAAUCUGAACAAUGGUGACUCCUCAGACAGCCAACAUGAGGAGGAGUCUGCCAGCGAGAUAACACGUGCCUUCGACACCCUGGCCAAAGUUUUCAACCCCUCUGAGGUCAGCAUUAGACAGGGUCUGGAGGAGAAGCGGCAGUGUGUCAGUGGAACAACCAUCCAGCUGAUUGGUCGAGACCAGGAGACCCCCAUCAUUGAGGUGGAAGGACCCCUGCUCACAGACAACCAUGUCGGCUUUACGCUGACCAUGCCCAGUCCCAUGCCUGAGUAUCUGAACGUGCACUACAUCUGUGAGUCAGCCUCCAGACUCCUCUUCCUCUCCAUGCACUGGGCACGCUCCAUCCCUGCCUUCUCAGCUCUUGGUCAGGAGGCGAACACCAGCCUGGUGCGGGCCUGCUGGAACGAGCUGUUCACUCUGGGUCUGGCUCAGUGCGCUCACGAGAUGAACCUGUCCACCAUCCUCGCCGCCAUCAUCAGCCACCUUCAGAGCAGCAUCCAGGACGAAAAGCUUUCGGGGGAGAGGGUGAAGCAGGUGAUGGAGCACAUCUGGAAGUUCCAGGAGUUUUGUAACAGCAUGACAAAGCUGGAGACGGACAGCUACGAGUACGCCUACCUGAAAGCUAUAGUGCUGUUCAGCCCUGAUCACCCAGGUGUGGACAGCAGUGGUCAGAUUGAGAAGUUCCAGGAGAAAGCCCUGAUGGAGCUGCAGGACUACGUGCAGAAAACGUACCCAGAGGAAACCUACAGGUUGACCCGUAUCCUGACUCGUCUCCCGGCGCUGCGCCUCAUGAACUCGGGCAUCACAGAGGAGCUCUUCUUCACUGGCUUGAUAGGUAACGUCUCCAUUGACAGCAUCAUUCCCUACAUCCUCAAGAUGGAGACGGCUGAGUAUAACAGCCAGGACUCUGACCCCACAGACUGACAGCCAAUCGCUCCAGCACCAGGAACUUUUAGGAUCCACUUCAGGUACUCUUAUUUUUCUCUCGUGGGGUUUAACGUUGAACCCCACUCUAAAGUCCUGCAGCAGCCCCUUGUUUUAUAACGAUGCAAAGUCAUUCAGGAAUCCUCGAUAUAUUAACAUAAUCUGGGAUUGGAAAACCAGGAUGACGCUAGGAAUGUUUUCUGGAGCUAACGCAGUGCGGUAAUCUUGAAUUUCUGGCUCUAACCUCAGUCGCUCUGAACUGAAUGGAAAAGGAAUCCCUCUGCAGCUUCAACUGUGCUCCUCUCCUUUAAUGACUUCAUAGCACUUCAAGCUAAUGACACAUGAGCUUUAACUUCUAAGCCUUUCCUAUUGUUUCUGUUUUAUCUAAGCCUUACCAUGCUCUCAUGUUGAUCACAUACGUAACUUACCAUUAGCAUGCAGAUAACAGACUCUAUCAAUAAGCUGAAACAGAAAUCCUGCUCUUGUGGAAGUGGAAUCUCAACUAUUUCAAAGUCUAAAGACUAAAGUAAUUUCCAGUACUCACUUUAAAAGUGUACUUUGAGCUAUAAAGUGUUUGUUUAUGUUGGUAUUUGGUAACAUUGGUGCAGUAAAACUAAUAUUUAAAUGACCGUACUGUUGAAUUGAGAAUUCAGUCUUUUACAAAGAUAACGUAUGACUUUUCUGAAUGUCAUACAGUUCAAUGAGGAAUCGAUACACGCUUUGUAAUAAUUCCAUAUUUUUUCAAUUUUUAAACCGAAAACAUUGCCUCAAAGGUGUAAUACAUUAAUGAGAAUCUGUUUAAAUACAUAAAGAAAAGUUGGAAUGAAACUCCAAUCAGGUAUGAAACUAACUCAAACCUCAAUUAAUUCAUACUCUAAGUUCUGUAUUUAUAUGAACUGGCGUCAACAGCAUUUACCGUCCAUUCAGGGCAUUAUAACAUGACCAAUGUCUGGUUUAUUUUAUUUUUACUUUUAACUUAAAUUCACCUUCAGAUUGGCCAAAUUAGCAAGUUUCACUGAACCUUUUCUUUUUUUAUUCUAAAAGACUUAUCAGAGAUGUACACUAAUGUAUGUCUUAUCAUGAAUAUGUUGCUAAUGACCUGUGCAAUCACCUGAUCACUUUCCCUUUACGACAAUCUAUAACAUGGCAAUUCUCUCUGUCCCAUCAGUGUCAUGGCACUUCUUCUCAAUCUGCUUUUUGUAUGUGUAUUUAUCAUUGGCAGUUAUUUCUUUUGAGGAAUUAUAUUAUCUUAAAUAUUUUUGAGUUCAGAAAUGUUACUUAUGUGUAGCAAUGCUACUGUUUUUGUACUUGUGUUUGCAUUUGUUCUUUGCUUUGUGCACAUCAAUCAGCUUGUGUGGCGUUCCACUGUUUUCAUGCUGACUAAACCUUUGUGUUUUAUAUGUUUUCUAAAAACUUUAUUUUGUUGUAAACAAAUGUGCUUGUUGCAUACUAAGUGUACUUAAAGUACUUUUGGGCAGGUUUCCCUGAUUUGAAAAAGAACCAAGAUUUUCUGGGUAGCCAUUUUUGAGUACGUUUUUUUAUUUUAAAGACCUGCAUUUUCUUUAAAGACGACGAGUUGCAUUGACUGAAUUGAAUCCACAGCAACAUGAAUGAUAACAGGAAUGUAAAGAGGUCAAAAAGGAUUAUGUCUUGAAAAGUAAAUGUCAAUUGUAAUAUUUUGGGUUUAAAACCCAUACAAACUGUUUGUAAAGGCACUGUUGUGAAAUGACCUUUGUACAUGUAGUUUCAUUAAAAUGAGUGCAUGUUGUUUGUAAGCCAGGUUUUAUAAUCUUGUCGCUGUCUGCCCUCAUAAGGAGCAUUGUUAUACAUUUUAUAGUGCAUUGCAGUGCAUGAAGAAGUCGCUUAAGUGCAUUUUAUUAAAUGCUUUAUGAAAAAUGUGUAUUUAAAUGUUGUGGCUUUAAAAUAUUAACCAUAAGCAGCUCUUACAUUACAGGAUAUUACAUCAGAUUUCUAUUCUUGAGCUUUGUGGCUUGAGUAUCCUAUGUUAACAUUUUAUACCAUGUUAAUGUUCUUGGUUUUUUAUGCUUAUGUGAAAUGCAUUUCUUCAAACAUUGAGAUUUAGAAACAACAUAAAUGUUUUGCUCAAGUUUGUCACAACCCCACAUUUCUACCUCACACCAAUGAAGAUGUAAAACAUGCAUAAUCGACUGAGCUCCUGUAUCAGCAUUCCAGUCUCUGAAGCUUGCUUCUCUGAAGCCACAUGCUAUAAAAAGAAAUAAACAAUUCAUUAUGAAAUAUGACAUGA